GCAUUCGUUCCUCUGUCUACCGGCUGAUCCCCUCGGCGACGUCUGCUUCGACCUGAAAUACCUUCUUCUGGUUGACUCGCGCUGUAUAUUCAUGCUGUGAUGCUUCCGCGGUCCGCACCACACUUCAGCCGCGAUGUCUGACGACGUGCCGUCCUGGCCAUCUCUCUACAAUAUCGUCGUGGAGCUCUUUCCGCUGCAGCAUAGGGAUCCUGAACAGCCAAUAGGGAGAUACUUGCACGACCCCCACGACGUCUUCCGUUUUACGCUUUAUUGGACGCUCAUCUUCUACAUUCCCCUGUAUAUUCUAUGCGGAACCUACGCGUUCUUGAACCUGGCCUUCCCUCCGUUCCACGCGCCCCUGAAGUCACGCAAGCCGAAAGCCAUCAGGGCGGACUCGGGCCCCUCGUACCGCAGCGUCGAGGGUCGGGACGACAUUCCCAUGCGGCGAUACGACCGGCAGCUAGGCCCCGACACGCAGAGUCAAGCCCCUGCGCCAUCGCGCUCUCGUGCGAAGCAGAACGAGACAAGAUCGCGGCUGACCUUCGCUCUGCUGGUGCUCUUCGUGUUCGCGGUGGCGGCGCUGGCCGGAGCCGUAGUUGGAUCUGCAAUUAUCGGCUAUGUAAUGGCCGGUCUAUUCAAGGCGUCGAAGUACAACAUGUCAACCUGGAUUCCGUUCAUCGGAGGGUUGCUGCAGACGCUUGUGGGAUUUCUUGGUCUCUGGCCUACCGUCAUCGACAUCAUAUGAACACAUCUGUCGCCUGCCGUGUCGCUGGCCGUGGGCACACCCCUGUGCGAGCGUGUUGUGAUACCCCUCAUGACCAGUGCUGUAUCAUACCGACCUACUCUAGAUUCGUGCCAGUGCGCAUCUUCUACAGCCCCC